AAGACCAAUGCGUUUGAAGGACAAUCCCUGCAAAAAUAUGUUGCUCAAUUUGAAGCCAUUUCUCAUCAUUUAAACUCAAAAGCGUCCUCACAAUUUUAUCCACAAAGAACAUCGUUAUCCUAUCUUAGCCAUUUUACACACAAACUCAAGUGUCCUCACAGUUUGAAAUGGCGGCAUCUUCUCCUUUGCUUUUGCGCUCCACUGCCUCUUCUUUCCACAGUGAAUUUCCGGCCCAUUCCGUUAGAUUACCGGUUAAGGUCCGGCCCAAUAAAUUGACAGUGAAAGCCUCAUCAUCAUCAGGGAUAGUAUUGGUUGAUAAAAGUGAUGCUGAUAAGGUUAAUCGCCUCAAAACAAAUUACAUCGAAAAGAUUGUCCCAAUUUUGAAGGAUGAAUUCAACUACACCAAUAUUCUCCAGGUUCCGAAGGUCGAAAAGAUUGUGGUAAAUUGUGGUAUUGGAGAUGCUGCACAAAAUUCCAAGGGUUUGGAUGCAGCAAUGAAUGAUUUGGCACUAAUUACAGGGCAAAGGCCUGUGAAGACGAGGGCUAAGAAUGCAAUUGCUACUUUCAAAAUUAGGGAAGGUCAACCGCUUGGAAUUGCUGUUACACUUCGUGGAAAUGUGAUGUAUUCAUUUCUUGACCGGCUAAUUAAUCUGGGGCUUCCUCGAACGAGGGACUUCCAAGGCGUAAAUCCCAAUAGCUUUGAUGGUCAUGGAAAUUAUAGCAUUGGCUUUCGUGAACAGAGUGUCUUCCCAGAGCUAAGUUAUGAUGCUCUUGGUAAGCCAAGAGGAAUGGAUGUUUGCAUAACAACAACGUCCGAGACAGAUAAAGAGGCACACAGAUUGUUGGCCCUCAUGGGUAUGCCAUUUAGAGAAGGUGCUGUUGGACAGGCAAAUGUUAUGCGAAAGAAAAAGCUUAGAGCUCACCAUUUUGACUCAAAGGCGAAGCAAAGGUCUAGGAGAUGAGGUUGAUCCAUUCUCCAGGGAUAAUGAGUUGAUUCCUUGUAUUUUUGCUGUUCCAUAAUUUUUCGGUUGUUUGUAGCAUACAAUUCGAAUGGAAAAUCUGUCAUUGCAAUUUACUCUCUCGUUGGUGAGAUCUUGAAGAUACAUUAUUUAUGUUUUCCUCUGCA